AUGACAACAAACACUGACGCUCCGUCUCCUCUGCAAGAGCCGGCAAUUGCCGAGAUUCUUGCCUCCGACUCUGCCCUGGACCUGCUUUUGGCAAGACUCAAGCAAUCCGUCAAGGCGUGCGACGAGUUUGCCAACUAUCUGAAACGGAAACAGAACUAUGAAGAAAAUUACGCUCGGGACGUUAAGCGGGCUGUCACAAGUUGCAGAUCGUCCAUCAAAUCCAACACAUCCGUCUCCAAAGGCUCGUUUGUUGAGUCGCUGGACAAAGUAAUAUCAUUCGACGACAGAAUACUCCUGGACGUGCGGUCCCCAUACUCCAAGGCUUUGGAGAAAAUGCAGGACGAGUUGGCGUCUGUGUCUGCGACGUUCGUGCGGCUGCGGAAACAGCUGAAGGAGGAAGGUCACAAGCGCGAAAAGGAGGUCCAGGAUGCCAUAAGCCAGGCGGAAAAAUCAAAAAAUAGGUACUUCUCGCUCUGCACCGACUUGGAAAGGCUGAGGCAGUCGGACCAAUCCCAGAAAAAAAUAACGCUCCAAGGCCGGAAGACAGGCUCGCAACAGGAGGAGGAGCUGGUGCGAAAAAUCAACGCUGCCGACCAGGACUAUAAUGCCAAGGCCAACGCGUCCCAGAAGCUGAAAAACGAGCUGGUGAAUACACAUAGACCGAGACUUUCCAAGAAGCUCCAGGAUCUCAUCUUGGAGCUGGAUACGGCUUUGCAGCUGCAAUUGCAGAAAUAUGCUGCUUAUAAUGAAUCCUUGGUUGUCGGGCUGGGGAACCAGGUGGCUCCACUGGGAGCCAAUCACUCUUCUAUGGCAACUGUCGCUGCAUCGGUCAACCCGGAGCAAAAUCUCUAUAACUAUUUGAAAGGCUCCAGAGUCGAGCAAAAACAGUCCUUUGUGCCUGUCGAGUACAAGAAACACCCCCUAUUCAAGUCCGACCCUACGCCUCAAUUCCGCGUUCCAGCAGCACCCGCUGUGUCUAAUAAUGUUUCCAGAUUGGAUCCACCCUCAGCUACUACGAAUAAGACCGUCACGCCGCCUGUCGGGUCUCCAUCCUUCAUGCCUGUUCCAGAGCCGCCAAAUUCUUCGUCAGUGAACUACCCAACGCUGGACCCUACGCGCUCUCCGGCAUUGUCUGCCUCGCCGGCUCCCGCAGGCCUAGCAGGACCGCGUCCUAUCAGCACAGAAAUGCGAAACAAUUCCUCCUCCAUCGCAAAUCCAGCCGCUCCUGCCUACUCAGGACUACUGUUUGGACAGCCAAUCGAAAGCCUGCCUCACGACGAGGAGAUGGUUCCGUUGUUUGUUAAGAAGUGUAUCAACCUGAUUGAGACUUACGGCUCCAACUCUGAGGGUAUCUAUCGAUCCAGUCCGAACAAACUCAAGCUGGAGGAAAUCAAGUACGCAAUCGACCAGGACCCUUCAGAUUUGAGUAUCUUGGAUCCUCCAGAUCCCUCCAAUGUGUCUGACGACUACGUUUAUAUGAUAGCGUCGCUUCUCAAAGUGUUUUUUGCAGAUUUACCCGACCCAUUGUUGACAAAGGAGCAAAGCGGCAACUUUUUCAAAGCCGGCCAGAUCGAGGACGCUGUGACGAUGCAUGUUCAGCUCCAUCGGAUUGUGUUUGAGCUUCCGGACGCUAAUUACUUUACCCUUCGUGACUUGCUCUUCCAUUUUAUUCACCUCAGCCAAAUUCCAAGAGUGCGAAUGAGCGUGAAAAAUUUGAGUAUAGUCUGGUUCAACAACCUGCUUGUGAACGAAUAUACCUCUCGCGACGAGCUCGCUGUGCAGCAGCGAGUCGUUGAAGAACUCAUAAAUGCUGCUCCCGAAAUUUUCAAUCCUAAGGAAAAUUGA